GAGAUGCUUCGUUUCCACUUUCCACAGAUAUAAAAAAAACCCUCUCUCUCUCCAUUUUUUUUUUCGAUUUUGUCUGUCUGAUAUUUUCUCUCUCUAGCGUGGGGGAAAAUGGCGGAUUGGGGACCGGUGGUGAUCGCUGUGGUUCUGUUCGUGCUUCUGUCGCCGGGGCUUCUCUUCCAGAUUCCGGGGAGAGGCCGAGUCGUCGAAUUCGGGAAUAUGCAGACUAGUGGCGCUUCGAUUCUGGUCCACGCCAUUAUAUACUUCGGCCUCAUCACCAUCUUCACCGUCGCCAUUCAAGUCCACAUCUAUACCGGCUAAGUAGACAGAUCUUACACUGAUUGUUUGGAUUUUCGCUUAUGUUCGGAAACUUGUAAUCUUCUGGUUUUCUGUUUUUAGCUUGGGUAUGACCCACGGUUACUGUGGGAUAUGUUUGGAUUUGUGAAUACGGAAUGUGCUGGGAUGCGAUUUUGAAAUAAAAAUCUAUUUGGUUUCAGCUUC